GUAAGUAGCCAAGUGUGACACAGGCUUUAGGUGCUGAGCUGACGGUACGCUGACGCUUAAGUUAACCACAAACAACCCUAUGCUUACGUUACGUUUAAGUAUUUAUUUUGUUUGUAACAUUACUGGCUAAAAAUUUUUAACUUUUCAACGCAUAACUUAUCGUGUUUUGAAUUAUUCUCCGUAGGCCUAAACUGACAAGAUGAGUGAAACCCGGGCCGAGAAGAGAUAAAAUGCUAUCAGUAUAAUAUGAAGAGGUUGUAUCAAGUAGUCUCUGAGAUUGAAGAGGAAAGGGACAGUAUCAUCUGUUGAGAUGAGGAAUAGAGCACCUGAAAUCGUCAUCUGUUUUGUGGUGGUGUGCUCGAUAGCCAUCAUCUACCUGGUGACCCAAGUACUUCACUGGCUCGUAGGAGACGAUGAGCCAAUCCCUGACAGUUUCAAGGCCAGUUGGCUCUUCACUCUGGCUCUCAAUGUACUCGGCUACGCCACCAUCCUUUUGCCUGGUGCCAUCAUCUUUAAGUACGUCAAGGCCAGCAAGUAUCUAGACCGAGCAGUGCCAGGAUGUUUCCCAGCGCUUGUCAGGACGUGUUUCACCGGCACAGAGAAGGACAUUCUGAUAGGCAGUGAGUUGCCGUCCAGUAGCUCCACAGUUCGCACGCUCAGACAGGAAGCGUUGUUGCUUAUGUUCUGUUUCAUCGGUCUGCAAGGUUCCUACCUCACAUGGGGUCUACUGCAGGAGAAGGUCAUGACUCAGGAAUACAGUAACUCACAAGGACAGACAGGUCACUUCAAGGACUCUCAGUUUCUUGUGUUUGUCAACCGUAUCCUUGCGUUUGCGCUCUCUGGAGUCUACAUCAUAUCAACCAGACAGCCCCGACAUUCCAUGCCUCUAUACAAGUACAUCUACUGCUCGUUCUCCAACAUCAUGAGUUCCUGGUGUCAAUACGAGGCGCUCAAGUUUGUCUCGUUUCCUACCCAGGUUCUAGCGAAAGCAUCAAAAAUUAUUCCCGUUAUGAUAAUGGGGAAAAUCGUUUCAAGGGAAAAGUACGAGUUUUACGAGUAUGUAACAGCAGGCUUCAUCUCCCUGGGCAUGGCCAUGUUUUUGUUUGGCAGUUCGGACAACGAUAAAGAGACAGUAACUACAUUCUCAGGAGUGAUUCUACUCGGAGCCUACAUGGUGUUUGAUAGCUUCACGUCCAACUGGCAAAGUGCUCUGUUUAAACAGUACUCGAUGAGUUCCGUCCAGAUGAUGUGUGGGGUCAACCUCUUCUCCUGCAUCUUCACCGCUACUUCUCUCGCACAACAGAGCGGAUUUGUUCACUCGCUACAGUUCAUGUCUAAGUUUCCGAUGUUCACCAUAGACUGCAUGCUGUUGUCUAUCAGCUCGGCCGCUGGUCAACUCUUCAUUUUCUACACGAUUGCCAACUUCGGCCCCGUCGUCUUUGUGAUAAUCAUGACCAUACGUCAGGGACUAGCCAUUCUGUUGUCCUGUUUAAUCUACCAACAUUCCAUCACGUUCUUGGGCGUUCUGGGUGUUAUUGUCAUCUUCGCUGCAGUUUUCCUCCGAAUCUAUUGCAACCAGAGAAUCAAAGCGCACAAAAGACGACUGCAAAACGCAGCAGCGACUAAGAUAUAAAAUAUAAUUCACUUUGAGAGUGGAAAUCUGUGAUCUGUUUAUAUUGUCAAAUGGUGCAGUAUUUUUAGGUAUUUAUUAAGGCUUACCAAAGGAUUUGAUGUUGAGUGUGUGAAAAAUAGACUAGGGUGUAAUCAUUGACUAUUGUAUACAGAAGUUGUAUUAAUAGUCAAAGGUGUAAUGUAGGGGUAUGUGAACAGAGUAAAUGUUUUAUUAGUGGGAAUAAUGAACGUACAGCAGAAAUAGUUUGCUUUUGUAUAAGAUCAAACCCAACCUUUUAGCUCAAGAAUGCAGAAAAGGAUAAUUAAUAUAAAAGAUCAAGUUGGAGGGAACAAGAUUAAAUUAAUCAAAUUGUAUGUUUACAUUUUUAAUUACGUGGAAUAAUUCCAGGUUCUAGAAGCAUUGGAAUUGGUUAAUUGCCACAUCUUGCUUUUUAAAAGCCUUAAAGAGAUCAAAAGUUUGUAUAAGGUAUUGAUACUGCAGAUUUUAUUGCUGUCAUGCUUGUAAUUUGCAAAAAUUUUGGGGAUGUUUUUUACAGUUAUAGAUCUGAUCUUUAGUCUGAUCCCAUAAAGGUGGCAGUUAAUCUAUCUGUCAGAGAUAGUUUAAAAACCAGUGUUUCGGAGGGAAUCAAUAAUUGACGACAACAUGUUAUAGAAAUUAAUAUGAUGCAAAACAUGUCUGUGGAAAAUAGAUUUUGGCAUAUUAGUAAAUGAUAUCAAUAGUUAUAGUGUUCCCUUCAGAAUUAUUGCCUUAUUUUGCAUUAAAUCUGGAUUAUCAUGUAACACAUAAAAGAAUAUUGCCAAUUGUGUGUCUAUGUAGCAAAAUGGAUUAACUAGGAUGCUAUUAUACAUUCAGCAAACAAUUGCUAAUAUUGUUUGAUAAUUUCUAGUUUGUAUGAAGAAUAAUAACAAAAUUCCGUUGUCUAGUACAAUGUUUUUAACAUCACAAUAUCACAAUAUUUGAUACUAGUUGAGGUUAGGUGGUGGAGGAAAUCCUUUCUGUACAGCAAGCUAUGCGUUAUUAUGAUAUUAUUUGUGGCCAAAUCUUAACUAGAAAUGCAUCCAUGCCAUUUGCAUUUGCCAUAGAACAAUGUAGCGGAAAAUUGUAUGUGUAUUUUGCAUUGAGGAAGCUGUGCGAGCAACAAACAUUUUUGAGAUUUUACUUAAUUAUUUUAAGUUUAGUUUAAGCUUGUCUUACAGCCUUAUAAAACGUAGCUUAUUACGUUUUGAACUAUCAAAGCUUCUACGAGAUAUUAGAACAAUGUUCGCAAAAUAAGUGUUAAACGUUGCCAGAUUUGGUGUUGUGACCAUUGUUAGUUAUUUUUAGAACACAAAUUUACCAAAGAAAGAACUAUAUUCAUUUA